UAUACGACGGAGCUGAACAAGCAUAUAAGGCUUCUGCUGUAACACAGCUUCCCAAAAUCUUCAAGGACACUUUAACCCAAGAGUAAAGUCCAUUUCUAUCUGGCUUUGGCAUUUCCUCUUCGUACCCUGCAAGCCUUGCUCAAUCAUUACCAUGGCUUCUUCUAUAGCAUCCCACCAAAGGCUGGUCGAGUUUGACCUUGUUCAAUCUCACUACAAGAAAGUGGGAGAUCACGAAAUCCGUGCGGAUUUUAUCAUCCCCCAUGCAGAGUGUACCGGGAAACGACCGCUCAUUGUCCGGUUUCAUGGGGGCGGUCUUAUAACUGGAGACUCACUAUCCAUGGACUGGUUCCCGCAAUGGCUUCUUGAUCUGGCCAAGAAACAUCAUGCUGUGAUUGCAACUGCCAACUACCGUCUUCUUCCUGAAGCGACGAGUCUCGACAUCUUCGAAGAUGUCGAAGACUUCUGGACUUGGCUCCAUUCCUCGGAAGUUGAAAGAACCCUGUCGUCAUGUGUAAACCCAACAAAACUAGAUCUUGACCGUGUCAUUACGGCUGGCGAAUCUGCGGGUGGCCUACUCAGUGUAUGCCUAGCGCUGGCUCAUCCGGACGAGAUCCGAGCGGCAACAGCAAGUUACCCAUGUCUCGAUAUGGCGUCGGCGCACUUCAGUACGCCAAACCCGGUGCCAUUAACCAAUCCACCCGUCCCUGAGUCGCUGAUUGACGAAACUCUAGCCCUGGGCGAGCCUGGAGCUAUCAGAUCAUCCGUUUUGUUGCCCGACCGAUUUGAUUUGAUGCUUGCAGCGAUUCACUACGGGCGCAUUACCCAACUAUAUGAGAGAAAAAUUGGGAGCUCACACCGACGAGAUCUGCGGUAUCCCUUAGAAAAAAUAGAGCAGCCAGAUGUCAAGAUUCCUCGUGGUGGAAUUGCGAUCAUCCAAGGACUCCAAGAUGACAUCGUGCCCGCCGAAGGCAAUCAGAAAUUUGCUGAAAAGGCACGCGAGGUCAUGAAAGGUAAACCAGGGGCUGAUAAAGUCAUACUGACUUUACGAGACGGUGCCCAUGGAUUUGACAUCAUGACUCGUUUAGAAGAGGAAUGGAUCCAAGAACACCUGAAAGCGGCGGUUGAGGCUUGGUUGGCAUAGAGGAAGGGCCAAUUCGUGCGUGUACAUACUAUACAAUAGGUACAUAAGCAGCAAAGCUGGCUCGCUGUACAUGAUGUACCUUAGGCCCGGUGAUAUUCAAUGGACAAAGAGCCUAUCAGGUGACGGUCACGGUAUUA